UUCUCACUUUCAUGACUUUUAGAUCUUGGAGGAGAUGAAUCUGGAUAUGGAUCAAUUCAUUGACCUUUGCAUUCUCUCUGGAUGUGACUAUUGUGAAAGCAUUCGAGGUAUUGGAGGGCUGACUGCUCUUAAGCUCAUCCGUCAACAUGGUUCCAUAGAAAACAUACUAGAGAACAUAAACAAGCAAAGGUAUCAGAUACCCGAUAAUUGGCCCUAUGGCGAAGCUCGACUGCUUUUUAAGGAACCAAUAGUUUCUACGGAGGAACAACCUGAGAUAAAAUGGACUGCUCCAAAUGACGAAGGCUUAAUGUCGUUUCUAGUGAAUGAGAAUGGGUUCAACAUUGACAGAGUGACAAAGACGAUAGAGAAGAUUAAGGCAGCUAAGGAUGAGUCAUCACAAGGCCGAUUAGAAUCCUUCUUUAAGCCAGCUAAGAAUCUAUCUAUACCUGCUAAGAGGAAGGUGUAA